CGCGGACAACGACGAACAACGGUUUGACGUUAUCCGCUUUGAAAUGGCGUUGAGGCAGUUAAAGGCGCUUUAAUUUUUUUUAUUAUUUUUAACCUUUUGGGCACUUCAGCUUCUAAAUUCUUUGUCUAGUGCUAACGUCCGUACCUUACCUAUAUUUUUGCGCUUUGCACAGUUGUUAAACAAAAAUGUAUCGCAGAAAAGUGUGAAUAAUUGACGUCGCAUAAUAAGGCCGCAGCCAGCUCCGGAGUUGCGUAGAGAUUACGGCCGCUUUCCAGUGCGUGGCCCUGCCGCAGACCUGCUAGUUGCUUUUUAGGUCAUUCCCGGCUAAACAUGACUGUCGGUAACAGAGGUCUGGAAAUGAAGUGACACAGCUAGAGUUCUUUCCCGUCGCAACCAUCAUUUUAUCAACUAGCUUCUACCGUUUGCAUAAUAUAUAUAUAUUUUUUAUUAAAAAGCAUUUUGCAAACACAGACUUGAUAUGGCGUCAGUGCCAGUGUAUUGCUUAUGUCGCCUGCCCUAUGAUGUGACGCGCUUCAUGAUUGAAUGCGACAUCUGUCAAGACUGGUUUCAUGGAAGCUGUGUUGGUGUGGAAGAGGACAAGGCAGCUGAGAUUGACCAAUAUCACUGCCCUAAUUGUCAGGUCACCCAUGGACCUUCUGUCAUGCGCAAACGGCGUGGUGGCAAUAAGCAAACAGAUGGAAAUACAGGCGUAGCAAGAGAUCCCAGUAAGCCUGUAAAGACGGGGAGCCCACAGUUUGUCAGGGAGCUUCGUAGCAGAACGUUCCCAAAUGCUGAUGAAAUCUUGCUGAAACCAUCUGGGGCUCAGCUGACGGUCGACUUUCUGGAAGAGCAUUCUUUCAGCGUCCCAGUCAUGGUGUUGAGGCGAGAUGGCCUAGGCAUGACCCUUCCUCCGUCCUCGUUCAGUGUCUCGGACGUGGAGCACUACAUUGGUGCAGAUAAAGAGAUCGAUGUUAUUGAUGUGUCUCGUCAAUGCGACCUGAAGAUGCGACUGGGAGACUUUGUUGAAUACUACAACAGCACCAAUAGGGACAAAGUACUCAAUGUGAUCAGCCUGGAGUUCUCUGAAACUAGGCUCUCAAAUUUGGUGGAGACUCCCAAGAUUGUGAGAAAACUUUCAUGGGUGGAGAACCUCUGGCCUGAAGAGUCUGUUUUUGAACGGCCAAAUGUGCAGAAGUACUGCCUGAUGGGAGUAAAGGACAGCUACACAGACUUUCACAUUGACUUUGGUGGCACUUCAGUAUGGUACCAUGUCCUGAGGGGCGAGAAAAUCUUCUACCUAAUUUCUCCCACCCCAGCCAACCUUGCACUUUUUGAGCGCUGGAGUUCCUCAUCCAACCAGAAUGAGAUGUUCUUUGGGGAUCAGGUUGACAUGUGUUACAAGUGUUCUGUCAAGCAAGGAAACACACUGUUCAUACCUACAGGAUGGAUUCAUGCUGUGCUGACUCCUGUGGACUGCUUGGCCUUUGGUGGAAACUUUUUGCACAGUCUCAACAUUGACAUGCAGCUUCGGGCAUACGAAAUAGAGAAGAGACUGAGCACAGCCGACUUGUUCAAAUUCCCCAACUUUGAGACUGUGUGUUGGUAUGUUGGGAAGCACCUUCUUGACAUCUUUAGAGGAUUGCGAGAAAAUCGCAGACACCCUGCCAGCUAUCUUGUUCAUGGAGCUAAGGCCCUGAACAAUGCUUUCCGCACCUGGACUCGCAAAGAGGCCUUAGCUGAGCAUGAAAUGGAGAUACCAGAAACCAUCAACACUCAGACAUUGAUAAAAGACCUUGCAAAGGAGAUCCGUCUGGUUGAGGAUAUAUUUCAGCAGAACAUUGGUCGCACAGGACCUCAGUUUCCUGGUGCUCCACUCUCCAAAACCCCGCUGAGUGCCGCCCAGAACUCCGGACGCCCCCCUGGAAAAAAGAAAGGGCCCAAGCCUAAGGAGGUUCUGGGAGUGUUUGGGCCCACAGGAACCAAAAAGAAAAGUCAGAAAGGGCUCCUUAAGGCAGAAGCAGGAGAACUCGAGCUCAUUGAGAUCCAUGCCAAACAUACCCUAAAGAAAUUUCAACCUGGCAAAUCCAAGCACAAGAACAAGCUGGAGCUGCCAUUGGAGGAGUUUGAAGGGAAGGUGAAUAAAAACAAACUUAAACUUGUCUUGACAAAUGGCAAAAUCCAAGGUAAGAAAGAUGGCAGCAGUAAUGGUGCAGGAAGUGCUGCGAGCUACAAACACCUAGCCACAGAGGGCUCCAGUCUUUCUGACCUGGAGUCUGAGGAUGAGUUGCAGAUUGAUGAGACUCCUCCUCCUCGACGCAAGCCUGCUGGACCAAACAAGAAAAAGAAACUAAGUGGUUUACCAAGGAAACUGCCCAGAGCCAAACCUUGUUCUGACCCUAAUCGCAUCAGGGAGCCAGGAGAGGUAGACUUUGACAUCGAGGAGGACUACACAACCGAUGAAGAGACGCUGGCAGCUCACGGGGUGAAAGGUGGUGCAGGGGGCAUCCUUGACUUGUUGAAGGCCAGCAAGCAGGUGGCAGGAUUAGACUCUGCAGCUCUCAGCGAGGAAGCACCAGCCUCGCCCAGCACCCGGGACGCCAUCCAGGGCAUGCUCUCCAUGGCCAACCCUCCUUCCUCGUCCUCCUCUUCGUCCUCUUCCUCUCCCUUAUCAAUCUCUGGAGGCUUGACGGAGGGAUUAGCAGCCGUCAAGGAAAAGGGCGGGAGAACUGUGUGGGUGACAGGGGGGAUCAAGAAGACUGCAAAUCCUGAGAAAAAAGCAGUGAUUCAGCGGCCUGGUAAAAGGACAAUCAAAAGGCCGGCCCGUCACAUCAGUGACGAAGACAGUCCAGAUGAGCAAGAAACCCUGGGAACUUGUUUUAAGGAUUCAGAUUAUGUUUACCCUUCUUUGGAGUCUGACGAGGAAGAUCAUAUUAACAAGACGAAGAUGAAAAGGAAAAAAAACUGGGAUGACACACCCUGGAGCCCUAAAGCAAGGGUGAUGCCCACACUUCCUAAACAAGAUCGACCAGCCAGGGAAGGGGCUAGAGUCGCUUCUGUAGAAACUGGGCUUGCAGCAGCUGCUGCCAAGUUGGCACAACAAGAGCAGCAGAAACCUGCUAAAAGGAAGUACACUAAAAAGCAGCGUCCUCCUGCUCCCGUUGCCAGUCCUCCCCCAGCGCAGGCUGAGCCCGCCCCCGCCUCCCCAACACCUGCUCCAGAGUCAGCAGCAGAUGCCAGCCCAGACAGGAGGAUGGAUUAUUUCUCUGCCAGUCUGUUAGACCAUGAAUACACAGCAGGGCCAGGACCUUUUGGCCCUGGGGGCCCAAGGGGCAGUGGGGCCAUGGCCCCCGGUGUGUUCCUCUCUUCGCGACGACCUUCCAUGUCACCUCAGAACAGCAGCUCCCAUGCUGGUUUAUCUCCUGCAGGGUUAGCCAGCCAAGGAAUAACAGGGAUCGGUCAAGGUAAACGACCAAAGAAAGGUCUUGCAACUGCAAAACAGAGACUUGGAAAAAUCCUAAAGAUUCACCGCAACGGAAAACUUCUCUUGUGAGAGAUGCUUGUUGUUUGUGGCUGAUGACAUUAAGAAAGAAGAUGAGACCUCUGAAGUUGAUCUGAAGAAACUCGAGAUAGUUAUCUAUAUUUUGUACUCUUAACUGUUUCCACUUGUUAUCAACUGUCGUCAUAUCUUGCCCUUCACCAAUUUUCUGCCUGACUCCACUUACCUAUAUCUGCGUCAAGGUAUUUCCAGAGGCACGUCUGAUUUGAAGUGAAAUCACUGUAAUUUGCUGGAAGCACUCUUUAUGUGGUAGAUUAUUUUUACAGCCACAUAUUUGAUACGGACAAUAGGAAUUUUUUUCUAAUAAUUUGAAGGCAAGUUUACACGGAUUUUUCAUAAAUUUUCCAAAAGGAAGUUGUUUUCUUGUUGGUUAUAUUUACAAGUUGUAUUUAGGCAAGAUUUAUAAAAGGGAAAGUUCAUUCAAGCGAGGACAUUUAAACAGUUUGUGGUUUUAGAGUUGUAUUUAGCUGUUCUAUCUCAGUUUUAUUUAUAAGCAAUUCCAUUUUUUUUCACUCUGUAAAACAUACAAAACCCUCUAUUGAAACAGUCCCACAAUGAUACAUAUUAUAAUUUUGAAGCUCUUAACAUCAUCUCAAAAGUUCUCGCCAACCCCCAUUCUAUGACAACUAUCAUUUAAUUUUAUUUAUUCUUUUAUUUAUUAACCAAGGCAGAAUUUCUUAACUUCUUAGCCUGUUUUUAUGUAGCAUGUUUUUGUCACUUUUUUUUUUUAUUCAGUAUGAUUAUGUUAAACAUCCUUAAAAUGUGUAGAAAAAAACUUUUCACUGCUCUUUUAACUUUUUUUAUUUUAGAUUUAAAUUUGACAAUGUAAAUAUUUGUAUGAUUUGUAAUUUAUAUAGCUAAAUUAAAAAAAACAACAAAAAAAGAGAGUAGCUUCCUGCAUGUUGCCGUAGUUUGCGCACCAAGUUUUGGCAGCUUUCUUUGGUCAGAUGUAGAGAUGUUUUCACAGAAUGUACUUGUCAUAAGAUGUUGGAGGUGUAGAUUUAAGAGUAAAAAUAUUGUGAAGGUGCAGGAUAUGAAUUAUAUGUAAAUAUAUGUUGUAAUUUAAGUUCUUUUGUAGUUCGAAAACUUUCAAAUUUUUCGUAACAACUUGUACAUGAUACAUUGUUGGGGAAACAUGAUAGUUCUUUUUUAUAUUUGUAUGCAUUAACUGUCAUUAUGUUCAUGUUGUCUUGUUAGUGUAAUAUUAGAUCUGUGCUUAAAAAGAUGCUCUUGAUAAAUUUCAUCCAUUUAGUUUUAUAUUGGUUAUAUUUCCUUUGUGAGUGCUGUGUCUUUUAUUUUUCAUUGUUUUAAUAUGACCUGGACAAGAUCAAAGUUCAUUUUCACAAUUUAUUUCAGGCACAUCUUUACUCAAAAAAAAGGAAAAGACAAAAGUUUGAUUUUUUUUUUUUUUUUUUGGUACAUCAACAGUUUUUUGUUCACUAUUCUUACACCUACUGGAAAUUUCUGUUUUCCUGACAUUUGAAAAAAAAAAAGGGAUUUAGGUAUUUUUCUGCUAUACACAAUGAAUAUUUUGUUGUAAUAAACACAUCUACUCAUAAAA